AUGAAGUGCGCCCUGAUAAUUACAUUAUUUUGUAAUGAAAAACAGUCAUUCGAAUGUUUGUCAUUUCAUUACGCCAGCCCUAAAAGCUCAUUGACCAAUGCUUCUUACUCAGCUUAUGAAACGAAGAAAUAUCGUGAAAAAGAAGUUGAGAAUAAUUCUAGUCAAUGCACCCACACAUCAUGUUUGAGAUCCAGACAACAAUGUCUCAUUCUUCUGAUUUGCAAUAACUUCUUCUUGUUGGUUGUUAUUGAUACUUUCUUGUUGUUCAAUUCAUUCACGGAUGUGUAA